AUGCAAUGCGGAAAAAUCAUCUGUCUUUCUGGCCCUCCUGGAGUGGGCAAGACUAGCAUUGGUCGUUCUAUUGCUCGUGCGUUGAAUCGUAAGUUCUAUCGAUUUUCUGUUGGAGGAUUGUCUGAUGUGGCUGAAAUCAAGGGGCAUCGUCGAACCUAUAUUGGUGCCAUGCCGGGGAAAAUGGUACAAUGUCUGAAAAAUGUGGGAACAGCAAACCCUCUUGUUCUGAUUGACGAAAUUGACAAGUUGGGAAGGGGACAUGCAGGUGAUCCGGCAAGUGCCAUGUUGGAGCUCCUUGAUCCAGAACAAAAUGCAAAUUUUCUAGAUCACUAUCUUGAUGUUCCAAUCGACUUAUCAAAGGUUAGUUAG